GGUUACCUCAUCGCCGCCUCCGGGAGGCCCCGCUCGCUCGCGCUGCCGGCUGGGGCGGCGGCUCCGGGCGCAGAAGCGAGAGGAGGACAGAGACACAGAAGCUCCGGGAGGCAGCGCUGCGCCCCGCGCCCCGCACCGCUGCGGGACCCGCGCCGCGAGCGAGGCGGACCUCGGGGCCCCGCGCGGCCGCCGGCGCCUGGGUUGGCGCUGCGGGGCGGAGGCGGUGUCUGAGCGCCGCGCCGGGUCUGCUCUCUCCCGAGCUUCGGCACCCGCCGGAGCCGCUCGCGCGCCCGCCACCUGUCUGCCCACUCCGCUGUCUGUCCGCCCUCCCUCCGCCAGCCCCGGCCUCGGGCCUGCCCACUCCGGUCUAGGUGCUCCGGGGGAAGACGAGAAGCGCGGCGGGGCCAGGGCGCACUGGGUAGGGUGCGCGGGGCGCACGGCCGGGGGCCACUCGGCGCAGCGCCGGCCCAUGAGGCUUUCCGGCGCAGGGAGCCGCAGCGCCGGCCGGCCAUGGGGGGCAGCCUGCGGGUGGCGGUUCUAGGUGCCCCGGGCGUGGGCAAGACGGCCAUCAUCCGCCAGUUCCUGUUCGGUGACUAUCCCGAGCGCCACCGGCCCACUGACGGGCCGCGCCUCUACCGACCUGCGGUGCUGCUCGACGGCGCCGUCUACGACUUGAGCAUCCGCGACGGCGAUGUCGCUGACCCUGGCUCGAGCCCCGGGGGUUCGGAGGAGUGGCCAGACCCUAAGGACUGGAGCUUGCAGGACACGGACGCUUUCGUGCUCGUCUACGACAUUUGCAGCCCGGACAGUUUCGACUACGUGAAGGCCCUGCGGCAGCGCAUCGCGGAGACCAGGCCGGCGGGCGCGCCCGAAGCGCCCAUCCUCGUGGUAGGCAACAAGCGGGACCGGCAGCGGCUGCGCUUCGGACCGCGGCGCGCGCUGGCCGCCCUGGUGCGGAGGGGCUGGCGCUGCGGCUACCUCGAGUGCUCGGCCAAGUACAACUGGCACGUGCUGCGUCUCUUCCGCGAGCUGCUGCGCUGCGCUCUGGUGCGCGCGCGCCCUGCACACCCGGCUCUGCGCCUGCAGGGGGCGCUGCAUCCGGCACGCUGCAGCCUCAUGUGACCUGAUUGGACCAUGCCAUCCAUGGGCCCCACCUUGUGACUGGGCACAAUCUGGGAGCUGGAUUGGACAGGAUCGCCCAACUUCACUCGGACAGGCAAUUUCCGCCCUGAUUGGAUGAGGAAAGCUCCCACCCAGUCUCCUAAGCGACGGGCCUUUUUGAACCUCAUUGGACCCAACCAGGUCCCAGGCUCCUUUGGAGAUUAUCAGUCCUUUCUGGGGUCACAAUCCCAUUAAAUGGAAAGGACUUGGCUAUGAAUUUGACUGGAAACACUCAGCCUGCUCCUAGAGCUUCACUGGACGUAUUCUUUAUGCCACACCUAUCGCGGGAUAAUAAAAGGGAAAAUAAUUCGA